GGAGCAAGCAAUAGCAGAGCGAUAGCAGGGACGAGAACAGUACACGGAGGGUGUUCCCCAGAGCGAGGAAUUCGAGAUGGGUCUCCUUUCGCGCUUGCGCGGUACCUCUGGGACGGAGAGUCGAGUAGAGGGCGCGACGGAGUCGGCUGUUGCUGAAGAUGUGGAGUGGAGCGAGAUGGUCAGAGAUGUGAACCGCGCGGUGGCGGAGAUGGCGAAAGCGGAUAGCGUGGAUAUGUCGCGGUUGCGGAAGACCGUGGCGAUGCGGGAGCGCAACGAGAAGAUCCGGGAGGAGAUUGCGCAUACGGAGUGGGAGAAGUUGUGCGAUACCGGAGGAGUGAGACGAUCAGAGAGGACGGUGCACGACCAGGCGGUGCUCGACUGGUGGCUCUUUGUGCGCAGCGAUGUCUGUCCGGGACAGAUAGAGCGUUGGCAUCAGUGCGGGAGCCGGAGGGGCUUCCCUGCUUCUUGUCAGUCAUGGGGCCGUUGGCGGUGCCCCUGUGAGCGUCGGAGAGAUGGACGACAGUGUUGCUUUACACCAGCACCGAAGGGUGAGAUCUCGGAUCAUGAUAUGGAGAACUUCCUCGAGGUAGUUCGACCGAGGCUACUUGCAUGCGGGCGGGAGCCUUUCGUGUAUACCUGGUUCUGGGAACCGGAGCGCUCGGAGGACUAUAUGGAGCGUGGUCUCUGGGUGCUUUCGGCCCGGUCGGGCGAGAUGAGGAACGGCAGUGGGACGCGUGACGUGCAUUUCACCUUCUGGCGGUAUCGUGUUGAUGGUAAGCAGCAUGAGUCCAUGAUCAGUGUGAUGAGGACGAUUUCCUGGGAGCCUGGGGCGUGAGCCCUGGGUCAUCCUCCGCGAGAGUAUCGUGGUGCAGCUUGGCUGUUGGUCGGUGCGGGGCACUUCUCCGUGUUGUGCAGCCCUGGGUGGGCUUGUGUGUUUUCAGUGUCGGCAGAGCAUAGAAUCGGAGUGGUAGCAGGAGGUAAUAGAAAGACUGUGUCAGUCGAACCAGU